AUGGAUGAAGAAUCAUCCGAGCCACAACCAAAGCGUAGAAGAAGGCGGAAGAAAGCCACCGACGAUGACGAUGACUUUGUGGUAACCACAUCUACAUCGGUUGCAACUCCACGGACAAGACGACGCAGGGGUAAAAACAAGGAAGUUAAAGAAGAGGAGGAGGAUGCAGCGUAG